CAUUUUGACAAUGAAAAAGAAACAGAAUACAAGAAGCAUUCUGACGUGGAAUAUUUAUUAGCUUGUCAAAUUAAAUAGAGAUCAAGAAACGCAUUUUUGGUUCGAAGUUGAGUGGAAGUGUUUGGGAGCCAAAUGGGUCUUCUGAGCAUCAUUAGAAAAAUCAAGCGGAAAGAGAAGGAAAUGCGAAUUUUGAUGGUUGGAUUGGACAAUUCGGGGAAAACUACAAUAGUUUUGAAGAUAAACGGAGAGGACACUAGCGUCAUCAGUCCCACGCUUGGCUUCAACAUCAAAACCAUUGCUUACCAAAAGUACACCCUAAAUAUAUGGGAUGUUGGGGGGCAGAAAACAAUAAGAUCUUACUGGAGAAAUUACUUUGAGCAAACAGAUGGGUUGGUUUGGGUGGUUGACAGUUCAGAUCUGAGAAGGUUGGAUGAUUGCAAGUUGGAGUUGGAUAACCUUCUCAAGGAAGAGAGGCUGUCUGGAGCAUCUUUACUGAUAUUAGCAAAUAAACAGGACAUAAAAGGUGCCCUUACACCUGAAGAAAUAGCUAAGGUGCUGAACUUGGAAGCCAUGGAUAAAUCUCGGCAUUGGCAGAUAGUUGGCUGUAGCGCAUACACUGGUGAGGGUCUGCUCGAGGGAUUUGAUUGGCUGGUCCAGGAUAUUGCCUCUAGAAUCUAUAUGCUUGAUUGAUGCUUGUUUAUGCCAUCUUCCUUGAAAUUUGUCCAACUUACAAGAGAAUUCUCAAACCCAAUAUUUAUUCUUUGGAAGAGAUUAUGGAUUCACUGCCUCACUGAUGUUUUUCUUAGGAGGGGAUGGGUUAGUGUCUGUAAAAUUGAUAUUGGAUUUUGAAGCAGCAAGAUACUGGAUUACUUGGAGGUAACAUACCUGCAUGCACAUGUGAGAAUUGGGAAGACUUGAUUUUGAACACUUGGAGAAGUUUAUGAGGGACGUAUUUUUAAUCAAAUUAAAUUCAUUUAACAGAA